AUGUCAACUGCAAAGGCAACGAAUCUGUGCUCACACAGUGUGGCCACAGAGGACUGCCCUCCAGUGAGACUGGUCAACGGUCUCUCCAACAACCCCUGUUCAGGCAGGGUGGAGAUCCUCCUCUAUGGCCGGUGGGCCACAGUUUGCGAUGAUAGCUGGGAUCUGGCUGAUGCCCAGGUGGUGUGUAGACAGUUGGGCUGUGGGAGGGUGCUGUCUGCACCACAUGGGGCCACUUUUGGACCUGGCAAAGGGCCUAUAGGGUUGGAUAAUGUCAACUGCAAUGGCCAAGAAUCUGAGCUCACACAGUGUGGCCACAGAGGACUGUGGACCCACGACUGUGGUCACCAGGAGGACGCUGGAGUUGUCUGUGAAGCUGGCCCUCCAGUGAGACUGGUCAACGGUCUCUCCAACAACCCCUGUUCAGGCAGGGUGGAGGUCUUCCUCCAGGGCCAAUGGGGCACAGUUUGUCAUCAUGGCUGGGACCGGAAUGAUGCCCAGGUGGUUUGUACACAGCUGGGCUGUGGCAGUGCCAUAUCAGCCACCAACAAGGCAUAUUUUGGACCGGGAACAGGACCCAUCUGGUUGGACGAUGUCAACUGUGGAGGAAAUGAAACGUCAAUAACCGACUGUGAACAUCAAGGGUUUGGUUCUCAGAACUGCUAUCACACUCAAGACGCUGGAAUCAUCUGUGAUGCGGCAACUCCAGUGAGACUGGUCAACGGUCUCUCCAACAACCCCUUUUCAGGCAGGGUGGAGAUCCUCCUCUAUGGCCAGUGGGCCACAGUUUGUGGUCGUGGCUGGGACCUGGCCGAUGCCCAGGUGGUGUGUAGACAGUUGGGCUGUGGGAGGGUGCUGUCUGCACCACGUGGGGCCACUUUUGGACCUGGCCAAGGGCCUAUAGGGUUGGAUAAUGUCAACUGCAAUGGCCACGAAUCUGAGCUCACACAGUGUGGCCACAGAGGACUGUGGACCCACAACUGUGGUCACCAGCAGGACGCUGGAGUUGUAUGUGAAGCUGGCCCUCCAGUGAGACUGGUCAACGGUCUCUCCAACAACUCCUGUUCAGGCAGGGUGGAGGUCUUCCUCCAGGCCCAGUGGGGCACAGUUUGUGAUGAUGACUGGGACCUGAAUGAUGCCCAGGUGGUUUGUACACAGCUGGGCUGUGGCAGUGCCAUAUCAGCCACCAACGAGGCAUAUUUUGGACCGGGAACAGGACCCAUCUGGUUUGACGAAGUCAACUGUGGAGGAAAUGAACCGUCAAUAACCGACUGUGAACAUCAAGGGUUUGGUUCUCAGAACUGCGAUCACGCUCAAGACGCUGGAAUCAUCUGCGGUGCGGCAUCUCCGGUGAAACUGGUCAACGGUCUCUCCAACAACCCCUGUUCAGGCAGGGUGGAGGUCUUCCUCCAGGGCCAGUGGGCCACAGUUUGUGAUGAUGACUGGGACCUGGUCGAUGCCCAGGUGGUGUGUAGGCAGUUGGGCUGUGGGAGGGUGCUGUCUGCACCACGUGGGGCCACUUUUGGACCUGGACAAGGGCCUAUAGGGUUGGAUAAUGUCACCUGCAAUGGCCGCGAAUCUGAGCUCACACAGUGUGGCCACAGAGGACUGUGGACCCACAACUGUGAUCACCAGGAGGACGCUGGAGUUGUCUGUGAAGCUGCCUCUCCAGUGAGACUGGUCAACGGUCUCUCCAACAACCCCUGUUCAGGCAGGGUGGAGAUCUUCCUCCAGGGCCAGUGGGCCACAGUUUGUGAUGAUGGCUGGGGCCUGGCCGAUGCCCAGGUGGUGUGUAGACAGGUGGGCUGCGGGAGGGUGCUGUCUGCACCACAUGGGGCCCAUUUUGGACCUGGACAAGGGCCGAUAGGGUUGGAUCGUGUCAAAUGCAAUGGCCACGAAUCUGAUCUCACACAGUGUGGCCACAGAGGACUGUGGACCCACCACUGUGAUCACCAGGAGGACGCUGGUGUUGUCUGUGAAGCUCCCUCUCCAGUGAGACUGGUCAACGGUCUCUCCAACAACCCCUGUUCAGGCAGGGUGGAGGUCUUCCUCCAGGCCCAGUGGGGCACAGUUUGUGAUGAUGACUGGGACCUGAAUGAUGCCCAGGUGGUUUGUGCACAGCUGGGCUGUGGCAGUGCCAUAUCAGCCACCAACGAGGCAUAUUUUGGCCAGGGAACAGGACCCAUCUGGUUGGACGAUGUCAACUGUGGAGGAAAUGAAACGUCAAUAACCGACUGUGAACAUCGAGGGUUUGGUUCUCAGAACUGCAAACACGUUGAAGACGCUGGCAUCAUCUGUGAUGCUGCAACUCCAGUGAGACUGGUCAACGGUACCUCCACCAACCCCUGUUCAGGCAGGGUGGAGAUCCUCCUCUAUGGCCAGUGGGCCACAGUUUGUGAUGACGACUGGGACCUGGCCGAUGCCCAGGUGGUGUGUAGACAGUUGGGCUGUGGGAGGGUGCUGUCUGCACCACAUGGGGCCACUUUUGGACCUGGCCAAGGGCGUAUAGGGUUGGAUGAUGUCAACUGCAAUGGCCAGGAAUCUGCGCUCACACAGUGUGGCCACGGAGGACUGUGGACCCACAACUGUGGUCACCAGCAGGACGCUGGUGUGGUCUGUGAAGCUGCCUCUCCAGUGAGACUGGUCAACGGUCUCUCCAACAACCCCUGUUCAGGCAGGGUGGAGGUCUUCCUCCAGGGCCAGUGGGCCACAGUUUGUGAUGAUCACUGGGAUCUGGUCGAUGCCCAGGUGGUGUGUAGACAGGUGGGCUGUAGGAGGGUGCUGUCUGCACCACAUGGUGCCAGAUUUGGACCUGGACAAGGGCCUAUAGGGUUGGAUGAUAUCAACUGCACUGGCCAUGAAUCUGAUCUCACACAGUGUGGCCACAGAGGACUGUGGACCCACGACUGUGGUCACCAGGAGGACGCUGGUGUUGUCUGUGAAGCUGCCUCUCCAGUGAGACUAGUCAACGGUCUCUCCAACAACCCCUGUUCAGGCAGGGUGGAGGUCUACCUCCAGGGCCAAUGGGGCACAGUUUGUGAUGAUGACUGGGACCUGAAUGAUGCCCAGGUGGUUUGUGCACAGCUGGGCUGUGGCAGUGCCAUAUCAGCCACCAACGAGGCAUAUUUUGGACCGGGAACAGGACCCAUCUGGUUGGACGAUGUCCACUGUGGAGGAAAUGAACCGUCAAUAACCGACUGUGAACAUCAAGGGUUUGGUUCUCAGAACUGCGAACACGUUCAAGACGCUGGCAUCAUCUGUGAUGCGGCCAAUCCAGUGAGACUGGUCAAAGGUCUCUCCAACAACCCCUGUUCAGGCAGGGUGGAGAUCCUCCUCUAUGGCCAGUGGGCCACAGUUUGUGAUGAUGGCUGGGACCCGGCCGAUGCCCAGGUGGUGUGUACACAGUUGGGCUGCGGGAGGGUGCUGUCUGCACCACGUGGGGCCACUUUUGGACCUGGACAAGGGCCUAUAGGGUUGGAUAAUGUCGACUGCAAUGGCCACGAAUCUGUGCUCACACAGUGUGGCCACAGAGGACUGGGGACCCAAUACUGUGAUCACAGUGAGGACGCUGGUGUUGUCUGUGAAGCUGCCUCUCCAGUGAGACUGGUCAACGGUCUCUCCAACAACUCCUGUUCAGGCAGGGUGGAGGUCUUCCUCCAGGGCCAGUGGGGCACAGUUUGUGAUGAUGACUGGGACCUGAAUGAUGCCCAGGUGGUUUGUACACAGCUGGGGUGUGGCAGUGCCAUAUCAGCCACCAACAAGGCAUAUUUUGGAUCGGGAACAGGACCCAUCUGGUUGGACGAUGUCAACUGUGGAGGAAAGGAAACGUCAAUAACCGACUGUAAACAUCAAGGGUUUGGUUCUCAGAACUGCGAACACGUUCAAGACGCUGGCAUCAUCUGUGAUGGUAUUCCUGACAACAAAAACAAUCUGAAAUUAAUUAACCUCUGUCGUUCGGCCUUCGUCAUUCCCAUCAUCAUUCUGGUCAUUCUUUAUUGCUGGAGGAAAAAGAAGCAUCAUACAGAAAACCUUGAUUCUGAACUGAGUCCAAACUGUGACCAAGCUGCCACCAUCUAUAUGAAUGAGAGUCUGUUAGGACCCCCUCCUCUCCCUUUGGAGACCACUGACAUAGAACUCAACCCCAUAAGCACCUAGGAGGCUCUAUGGGAGACAUUGACUGUAGGUUUAAACUUCUGCUGCCCCUGAGAUGAACCCCGGUUACUGUGCUGACUCCAAGUGGACCCCUUAAAGCUGUGAACCCCUCUAUUCCUGGCUCACCUCAUCCUGACAGGAAGAGAGGGGGAGGGCUUUAUGACAGCCACAAUGAACAAAGGAGCCCCCUUCAUUCUUCCUCUCCCUUUACUUAGAAUGCCUGCAUUAUGAAUGUAUUCCAAAAUCACAUAUGUUGGUUUUUCAUUUGAAUGCAUGCUUAUUGUCUUAGUAGAAGGGAUUGUCAUUGUUCUCGUGCAUGUCACAUCUUUAUGUUAACCCAUAUAUGUGGUAUAGAGGUUUGAUUCCUGUGAUUAUACUUGGCUACUUUAUGCAUCGGGUGUUGUGAUUGGCCAGUGCAUGUGAGAGGCAUCCAACAUUUUUUGAAAAUAACAUGAAGCCUGAGUCCUUCGCAAACCAACUAAUGUUUUGCGCUUGUGCCUUUAUCUUUCAAACUUCAGCUUACUCAACCAAUAUUAUUUCCGUCUUUUCUGCCAUUCCGUCUUUUCAGGCCUCUUUUUUUUUUUUUACUUGUGAAUUGGGAUUCAACUGGCCUAAAAGAUUCCCUUUGGCCAAGUCCGACCUAGGUGAAUCUCACUGUUGGCGACAACCUUAUUGAAAUCCAUCUGACAAGAAGUGAUGGAUCGAAAGAGCGCUUGUUGUAGUCCAUCUUCGGAAAAUUGUAGUUUCACGCUAGCGACGCUCAGGGCCGUCGAUAAGGGGUGAAAGGUGAUGACGAUUCUAGGGGCCCACAGCCCAGGGGGGGCCCACAAAAAAAAAAAAAAAUUUUUUUUUUUAUUUUACUACCAGCUCAUAGUACUACCAUAGCCCCCCCCUCCCGUCAACAAUUUCUCCCUCGUCAACAAUUGCUCCUUACAACCCCCCCCCGUCAACAAUUCAGCGCAGGGGGGCCCAUCAGUAAAUCUUGUCUAGGGGCCCAGGAAUCGUAGCAACGGCCCUGGCGACGCUAGAGGUCAGCAAUACUCACUGCCGCACAAUUCAUUUUAAACAGGGCUGGCUCUUCCUCUGUUUGAAAGGAAGCAGCUUUUCAUCUCUCCUUCACCCGAUGACUUCCACAAAGGUUAAGGAAAGGUGGCAUAAAGAUUAGGAGAUUUGACUUUCUGAAUUGGGCCCUGGUAGCAGUACUGUUAUGCACAGGGGCGUAGCACAGGAUCUUAGUGCCCCAUGAAAGGUUAUCUAUAUGGGCCCCUAUGGUACGCAGGCCACAUUUUGUCCAACAUUCAUUCUAAAUCUAAUACAAUUAUUUCACGUAAUGUAGACAAUAUAUUGGGGACAUAUCUGCCCAAAGCUGGCACUGCUGCUUUAUUUUUUAUUAUUUACUUAUUUUCAAGAACAUUAUCUCUUUUCAUUGUUCAAAUAAUUUCUGAAUUGUUUUAAUUUUAAAAUGUAAUAGCCAAAUGCGAUGCUUCAUGACCUAUUGAUGAAUGAGAUAUCGCUUACAUUUCAGAGCCCUUUCAAGAGCCUUCCCUCUCAGGCUUAACUGUCCUCACCUUUAACCCAUUUGCCUCAAUGCUGGUUAUAAAAGUGUAAAAUAACAUCCAUAUUUGUUUCAUGUGUUGUAGAUAUGAAAGAGGAUUUCUGAAUACGUAAUUACAUUUAGUUUGUGAUGUAGCCUAUCACAAUUAUUGAAUGUUUCAUGAAGUUGUAUAGUUCUAGAUACAUGCACGCUUCUGAAUUGUAGUAGCAUAAUGAACAUAGUAGUUGCAGAUCUAUAUAAUCUAUUAUUUCUCUAUAGACAGUAUCAUGGUUUUGAAUAAUGUUUUUUGCACUUUGGUCAUUGGCGGCAUCAAGUUGCUUUAAAUGUGUUAUUUAAGUAUUUUCUGUUCCCUUGCUUUGCCAAUUAGCUCUGUCACCUGUGUCUUAUUGCUCCGGUCACAUGACCAAUCAAGCCAUGUAUUUAAGCCCUGAUUAUGCCUAUGUUUAGUGCUUAGUCUAUGAUGUGCCACGUUCGUACUCUGACCGAAGCUAAAGUCUUGUAUUGGAAAUUAUUAUUGAUCCCCUGUGUUUUGACCGCUUGCCUGCUCUCUGGAUUACCCACUUGGAUUUGCCCCUUUGGUAUGACGUUUUGGACUUUUGUCUUUUGAUGAGGAUCUAUCUACCUGUUUUUGAGUUUUCCUUUUGCCUUCUCUGUUGGACUUUUGGCUCUUUUUGGAUUUUGCCCUCGUUUUGGAAUUUGUGAUCUUCUUUGUUUUUGCCCAAAGACUUUGUUGUAAUAAACAACCUUUCAGUUAAACCCUC